AUGGCCAUUCGUACAUUCGCUGUACUUUCAUUACUAUGUCGAUCAGUAUUUGGUAUUCAGAGGUCAUUCGUCCUUGACCAGCAAUGGGCAAACCAUCAGCGAUGCGUUGAUAUGAAUGGCGACCACGCAUUCCAGCCUAGUACUGCAUCCUCCCUCGUCGUCACGUUUGAUGCUGCCGCAGAGGGCUCAGUGAGCGUAGUUGUAUUUGAGCUGGGAGAUGAACAUCUAGGAGGCAUUCACCUUCCUGGUGCUCAGGAUAAGGAGAUCUUCUGCAACUCACAAAACGUGGAACGGAAGCUCUGCAAAGAAAGUCAGAUUGGCGAAUUCUUAAUCUCAGACCAUGCUAGAGCGAAAGCAAAGCACCCCAUGAUUACACGCGCCAUCGACUUGAAGAAGCCCAUAGCGAUUGUGUAUCCCGUCCAAGGCCCAGGCUAUUUCUGCGCCGCAGCGUACAGCCAUUCGGCCAAGUCGUACUCAGGUACAUUAUUGGCGAUCGAUCCAAAUGGAAUACUCCCAGCGUUCCGAAACGGCCUGCGUACUGUCUACACCUUCUUGGCACCGCUAUGGUUUUUCUUGAAUUCUAUAUGGAUUUAUUAUAUUACACAACUGGCUUUAACACAGCUUAUAGACCCUUCAAUGGCUACGCUAGGCAUCAUUUCAAUUGCCCAAGUUGGAUUUAGAUGGGGUUCCCUACAGCUUGGGGAGUCCAAAGCAGCAUCUGCUUUGCAAAUUUUGUGGUACGGUCUCGAGUUAACCCAAAACUCUGUCGUCAUGUUCAUGAUUCAUAAGCUUGUCGCUGGGAGUGAAGCUUCACCACCGGACAGCAUACGGUCAAAAAUCGUCAGAAGGAUUCUUCCAUAUGCCUAUCUGGCUGUUUUCUCCGUUGUCUUUCUCCUUGCAUCACUCGCAGACUUUACUGCUACAGCUGAGAGUACUCGACCUGCCAUUGUUACCAUUUUUCUUGGAAUCUAUCUGUUUGUCGGCGCUGCUGCCGCUGCCUUUAUGCUUGUGGGACGACGCACUACUACUCAUGAACACCAAAGAGGGCUUUCAAUGGAAGAAAAACUCAUUCGAAAACCACUCUCAUUUGCUCUUGCGGUCUUAUGUAUCCCAAUUAUUGCUAUUGUGGGUUUCAACAUCUGGGCGAUUCUAAAAGUCGGCGGCGACGGUACCAAGUUUGCGCACAUGUUCUGGCACAGUCGCUUCGGAACCAUUGAUAUGCCAUAUGAACCACUGUUUCUUAUAUUGGUCAUGGCUUUGUUGGGACUCAACACCUAUCAAGCCCAAAGACAUGAUGAGAUGACAGACAUGAAGAGCAUGGAGACUGAAGGUUUGAUGUCCUACAAACCUGUAUCAAUGGAUUCGAGUGACUCGGUAGAAGAGGAAAGAGAAGAGAAAUAG